AUGCAACUCAGCCUCCUGUGUGGCCUGGCUCUGUUAUCCUGGAUCACCUGGACUGCCUGUUGGAUGAUGAGGGUGUACAACUGCCUUGCAAUAAUGAUGUAUUGCCUGCAACACCUUCUAAACCUCAGAAAAGUCAGUUAUCUGCAGCAGUGGUUGCUGCACCAAUGGCAUCAUCUAGCCAUCCUGUUGGACAUGGAGGCCCCGCCUGAGCCAAGGGAUUGUAUCCUGUGUGGAGCAGAUGGCAUUUUCUGGUGCACUGAGGUGGAACAAUGGAAUGGAACAUUCUUUGAGGAAUCAUCCCUGCAGCUGGCUGGUUUGGUACUGCAUGUUGGGCAUGGUGGGAAGCACUGCCCAGCUGGUGGUUGUUCAAAUGAUGAAGUCACAACUGAGGAGGAAGAUGAUUGGGAGGAUGUGGAUCAAGAUGGUUGUCCACCAAAUCUGCAGGCCCCAAAGAACCAAAGCUGUCUAAUUGUCAUGCACACCAAUGGAAUACACUACUGCAAUGUGCAGUAUUGUAGAUGCCCUGGGGCAGAGGAUUCACACAUACAGCUGAUGCAGGCUGGGAUGUUUCCUGCUACCACAAAGGCCACAAGGACUGCAUUUACCUUCCAAGUACUCAAUGACUUUGUUUGGGACAAUGUGGAAUGUGGUACCUCAGCAAUGAAUUUCUACAGCAAACUUCACCACAUAACCUCCAAUGCCUUUCCUCAUCUGGUGCCAGCUAGGUACAGGGAACUGCUGAGAGUUGCUAGGAUGUGGUGGCUCCUGAAACUACUGAAAUGGCAGGGAUCCCACACAAGUGCAGAAGAUGCUGGCCCUGGGGAAUUAGUGUUAUUCUGUCUGGCAUGUCCUCAGCCUGGCAUCAACAUUCCUGAAGAUGAAACAGAUUAUUCCCAUUGGACACUGGCAAGAAGCUUGGUCAUGGAUAGGAAUUUAAAGGCAGAGCAUAUGCAUCCAAAGGAUGCUGGCAGCAAAGCCUGGUUGAUAGAUGGAAAGGGGUACAUGGUUGUAUCACAGCCAUACAAGGAAUAUUUGAGUGGCACUAAAAAUGUGGUUGAGAUCUCAGAUUGCAGCAAUCAUCAGGCAGUUAAUCAAGCAAAUGCCAACUGGCAGCAGCUCGCAUCUACAGGAAUAGGUGGAUGUGCCUGUGCAUGGCAUGGCUGUUUUGUGCCACAUGCAAUGGUCAACUUCCAGAAGGGUGAACAGCAGGUUAACAUGGACUAUGUGCUUGCACAUGCUGUCAGGCAUGGCACAGUCCCUGGCCAGCAAGUGAUACAUUUCUAUGAUAUUAACUGCCAGUAUAGCAAAGGUUUAGGACAAUGGCUACAUGCCAAUGCCUAUAUAUCCAUGCCAGAUGGCAUGCAGAUCUGCCCUGGCAUUGGGUUGUGGCAUGUGGAUGGGGAGAUCAUGGAAACCUUGUGGUCCUCCCUGAAUAUCACUUCCCCAUCUGCUAGAGGCAUGGCUACUCCCUAUCAGCAGGAGGCUACAGCAAUGAGACUCAAGCAGAAACUCAAGGUUGCUGAGGAAUCUUAUUUAGUUGUUGAAGGCAGGUUUGCUGAUUUGAAUGGUAAUGUCCCACCAGCAAUCAGCCAAUCAUGGGGGGAAGAAGCAGCAGCAGCAUUGGGAAACUGGCUGUCAAGGCCACAGGCCAUGGAUAUAUAUGAGGUCAGGCUGCAGAAAGGAUUUGCACUGAGUGGUAUUGAAGCUCCCUCUGCAAAGGCAAUCAAGAUAGAUUUACUGGCCAUCCCCCAGCCAGGGCAUUCACAGGGUAUGGUGACCUAG